UAUCGAUGACAAAAUCUAGGGUCUAAAUUAUGAUUUAGGUACAAUUUAAGAUGAUUUAUGCUUUUUUGUACAUUUGUCUUCAAACUGGUGUAUAAGUGCUGGAUCAUCGUGCGUGUAUACACUCUUAGGAAAAUGAUUGGUAUUUUCUGAACAGUAGGUUGGCUCUACUGUCUUUCUUUUAGGGUUAUGAUUAUAAAUAAAAAUGGAGGAAUCGCAGAGAAAUUCCACUGACGAUAAUGUUAAAACUGCCGUCGUGCAGUCCCCAAUUAUUAUGAAGAUUGAUGGACCUGAAGAAACAAAUGAUAAAGAAUCUGAAGAAAACGACAAGAACACCGAAACAUUGAAAGCAGAUGAAUUCAAAAUGUGCAGUCCAACAUUUAGACCUACUUUGCCACUGUCAAACAAUCCAUUUGCUUCCCCACAAAAUAAAAUAUCAAAAGGUAUUCUAAAGCCAGCUCAGUUUAAUAUUAAAACCAACAAUACCACCUCGACACCGUUUGUAUUAAAGCCCAGUCAACUUAAUCCCUUUAAGAACUCUAGUGAUAAGACCAAUAGUGAAAAAUCAGAUAAUAGUGAUACACGAGUAAAUGGAGACAUGCCGAAGUUUGUGCCUUUGGUAGUACCUGAAAAAUCAACACAAAAAGUUACAGAAACAAAACCUCAACCCGUUGAAACGAAAAUCUCCAGUAAUUCUUUUGUAUUCGGACAGAACUUAAAAGAAAGGGUGGCAGAAACUGAAAAUAAAGAGGAAUCUAAGGCUUCAACAAGUUUAGGGGCCAAUGGUACUUCUGAAAUGUUGUUUAGCAGUGCUAUCAAGAGUGAACUUAAAGCCGAUCCAACAGAUUCUUCAAAAGAAAAAGAAAUGAAAUCAUUAAGCGAAUCAGCAAAAGAAUAUGAGGAAUCCAGAGCUAACAAACGAAAAUAUGAAGAAGUAGAAGUCAUAACUGGUGAAGAAAAUGAAAUUAAUAUCUUAAGCAUCUCCUGUAAAUUAUUCUCCUUUAAUAAAUCAUCUAGUAACUGGUUGGAGUUGGGCAGAGGGACUUUAAGGUUAAAUGACCUGAACGGGUACAACUUCGUUAAAAAUUGUGCUUUAGGGAGUCGAUUGGUUUUUAGAACAUCAGGAAGUUUGCGGGUCCUAUUGAAUACCAAAAUUUGGGCAGAAAUGGUAGUAGAAAAAGCAAACGAAAAAAGUAUUAGAGUUACAGCACUGGAUGCUAGUGGAGAAAUAAAAGUUUUUCUACUCAUGAGCAAUAUAGAAGACUCGAAUAGGCUGUAUUCACACCUUCAGACGAGGUUGGAAAGAGAGAUCGCCGCCCAGAAACGUAAAAAAACCGAACCAUCAUCCGAUUCUCCCACAAAAACCGAUUGAUUUCACUAUGCUACAUAUUUGUAAAAAAACAAAAAGGAUAAUAUUUCUAUUAUUGUGAUUUAAAUAGGUCUACACUGAAAAAACGUAUUUAUUAGCAGGUAGUGAUAAUUAAAUAUCAGGCUUUGUAGAUAUUAUUUCUGUACGUUAGAAUUGAAAGGGCGGAAGUCACUUUCAGUUUGUUUUGCAGUAGAUCAAAAUUAGUGCUCUUAAUUUGUACACCAUAAUUUUAAAUGCAUUUAAAAUUAUCAAAUGAUGUUGCAGCUUUAUGAUUUAAAGGAAAGUGGUAAAGCAUGCUUUGUAUUUUAUUUUACAGUAACAUAAUCGGCGUUAAGUUGUUUUGUAUUGAAAUAAUAAAUAAUUUAGGACUACAGCCUUUUUUGUUCUGUGGUACUAUAUCAAUAAAAAACAGGACAGCCGCCCUUUGGUAUGAUUUUAUUAGGAAAAGAACGUUAUAAUCAAAACUUAACAUUACAAAAAUAAUAUAAAACUUAAAUUAAAAAGAAUUUAAUCAUCUUCGGAACAUGAGGAAUGGUUUUCGUUUAUGACAACUUUAUUUUUUGUUGUUUUUAAAGAUUUAUAGUAGGAAUGGUAAGUAGAACGUAUCCAUUCUAGAAAUUCCAUUAGGUGGUUAUAUUUUGAACUAUCAAUUGUAAUUGAAUUUUCAUUAUUUAUUUGGUCCAAUGUCUUUGAUAGGAGACCAUCGAGAGAACUUCUCAUUUUCCUUUUAAAAUUGACAGAUUUAAAAUUACAGAGAUAAAAUGUUGUUUUAUAAAACAUAAUGCCAGGGUGGUCUCUUUCGACUUUGAAGUGCACAAUUUUAGAGCAUAGAAAGGGUUCAUUGUCUGUGUUCCGUUUCCGAUUCACAAACGGGCUUGUCGAUUCUUUGCCCAUUUUUUCAAAGUUAAAAAAGUCACUUGUUUUCAUCUCAUAAACAAUAAUAAGUGGUUUUAACGAACUGCAGGUCCUUAUAAACUGGGCCCAUUCAUGAGGUACAGAAAUAUUCAUAGUAGGCAGUCUGUCCUUCUUUCUCUUAAUUAGUGCAUGUAUUGUGUCUGCUUCGUUGUGUGUAUGCCCCUUGAGUAAAUAUUUAUGGUGAAUUCUAACUACUGAGGUGUUAUGGACACAUAUACAUACACAGCCCACAUAUACAUACAAAAUAAAAAAAACAUUUCGGUUUUGGCCAGAGCAGUUGUCUGACCAAAAUGUUACCUCUUCUGUUGUAGAAGGUAAAUUUUUUAACCACAUUAUCACAGCGGAAGCUAUCUCGUUGCUACCCCUUUUUGCAAUAGACUCGUCCCACAUGAAGCAUGAACCUUCGGCAGUACUAUCAUUAUAGACGGUAAAAUUAAAUGUCCAUAACUGAUUUAAAUAAAACGAUUUUCCAUUAGUUAACAUAGGUGUAGGGAGGCAUUUUUGCAAAUCCAUCAUUGUUACGACUUCUUUUAAAUUCUGCUUGCAUCUUAUCUUAUCCUGCCUUUUUAACUUGUAUCUGUCAUCUGCGUCAUUUAAAUGAUCUGCUUUUUUCUUUAAAAUAUCUUCAACAUUAGGAUCUGUCUCUUUUCGCUUAUUUUCAAAACUGUCACAGGUGUCACAUGUAUCAAUGUUAGGCGGCUUGAAAUGAAGAUUGACCUCAGUAGAACCAUCUUUUUUGCUCUUGAUUCAGACAUUUUUGGUUGUUAUUUAUUAUCACAUUAAUCUCGAUAAAGAAAAAGUUACUUUUAUCUAUAAACCAUGCAAAAACAUUAGCUUAUAACCUCAAUUUUUACACAGCUGACAUGGGGUUGUCCAUAGAGAUUGGACUACCGUCUUUUUAACAAUCAGUGUGCUAUGCAAAAAAGACCGGUGUACCACAUAGGGCUUUUUGCAAUAAAUUUCACAGUGGACAUCCGACUUGAAAUUUUAGUAAUAUUGCCUGUACAACCACCUAUUAACCACCAUUCGAAAGAUAACACCUUUAAGUGUAUUAUUGGCUGGAUAUCUCCAUUUACUGUAAAAAUGGACUACCGCCCUUUCAAUUCUAACGUACAGAUUUAUAAUCAUUGUUAAAUUAUUUGGAAUCUGUAUACUUUUUAACGAAAAAAAUCAGAUUUUACAUUUUUUUUAUACAUUAUUCAAAUAAUGAUUGAUAUUGUUCAAAUAUUGGUCGCAUUCAGGAGAGGAAAUAGUGAGGGAGCAGUUUCUGAUAGAGCGGUAACAGGUGUGUUUCUCUAACAGGCCUCUGCACAAUAAAUUGUUUUUUACUUCAUAAUCAUGGUCAAAGACCAUGGAUUGUUUACCGUCUGCGCUCUUUUCCAAUUCACAAAAUUGGAACAAUUGAUUGAUUGACAAAAGUAGCAUACGUUGGACGGAGGUAGCGGAAUUAAAAUGAGGUCACUGUCAUGGCGACCGUUCCGUAACACGUUCCGCAAGUAGCGCCACAUUCAAAGAACGAAUUCCCAACAGUUGCGGAACCGCUCUGUCACUUUUACAUCUUCUGAAUGCGACAAUUGCCGCAUCUGUUACAGAUCUCUAAUUUUAAUUGAAAUAUUGUUUUGGCACAGUUGUGGUGUUAAUUAUGCGAUUUGGACACCCCCGCCACUCACACUCUGUCAUCGGAUGCCGCGCCCACUGACAUCACAUUGCACAUCUGUCAUCUGUCAAAUCUUGCUUUAACUCUACAACUUUGAAGAACACUAUUUAACUCUUAUUUUUGAUAUAUCCUUGAUUUCUAAUAACAAUAACAAUCCAUACAUUGGUUAAAAAAUCUAUGCGGUCCAUUAGGUGUAAGAUUUAAACAAAAACACAGUUAACUAUCAGAAGAUUAUGUUGUCACAUAAAUUAGAUACCCCUUUCUUGGCACAUAAUACAACGCGCUACUUUACCGAAGUGGUCAAUGGUAGGACGUGAUGCCUGACAAGAUGAUGCCUUCUUCUUCUUCUUCUUGUAGUGCCUAUCCGUUUCGGAUGUUGGCGAUCAUCAUGGCAAUCUGUACUUUGCACACUGCUGCUCUGAAAAGAUUUGUAGUGGUUGUGUUGAACCACGUAAGACCAGUUGCAGCAGUCCAUAUCAUUCACUGUUCCUCAUGAUGUGACCGAGGUAUUCGAUUUUGGCUGUUUUUAUUUUGAUAACAGCUCUUUUUAUUUUUACAUUCUCAGCAAAACACCCUCAUUAGUAAUGUGGUCGGUAUAAGAUAUCUUCACGAUUCGACGAUAAAGCCACAUCUCAAAAGCCUCAAUUUUCUUGCAGGUGGUGUCUGUGAGAGUCCACGACUCAACUCCCUACAACAGUGUAGGAAAGAUAUAACAUCGUAGUAAUCUGACUUUUAUGGGUAUCGACAAAUCAUGACAUUUGAACAACUUUGCCAUUUUUUGAAAUGCAGAUCUUGCUUUCUCUAUCCUACAUUUGAUUUCUAUAGAAUGAUCCCAAUUUUCAUUGGCGUUCGUAUCACGGUAGGUAUAUGUUUUUACUCUUUCUAUUUGUUGACUAUUCACACUGAUUCGUCCAAAUUGCUGUUUAUUCUUGAGAUAAUCAUACAUUUUGUUUUCUUAGUGUUUAGUGAAAGUCCGUAUCUCUGACUGACUUCUGCGAUUCUGUUCAUUAACUCCUGUAGGGCUUCAGAACUGUCAGCGAAUACCACAGUGUCGUCUGCGUAUCUUAUGUUAUUGAUACAUUCUCCGUUAAUUCGAAUUCCGGCUUCAACAUCAUACACUGCUUCUUGAAACAAUUUCCUCAGAGUAGAUGCUAAAUAGCAGUGGGGAUAGUAUACAUCCCUGACGGACCCCACGUUUGAUUUUGAUAUCGUCGGAUUCUCCUGCCUCUGUCCGGAUAGAGGAUGUUUGAUUCCAGUACAGAUUGCUGAUAAUCCUUAAAUCACAGGUGUUAAUUCCAAUAUUGGUUAAUAUCUCCAUCAGCUUGUCAUGCUUUACUGUAUCGUAAAGAUGAUGCCAGGUGGACUAAAUGCAUCGUACAAUGGAGACAUAGGUUACAUAAGAGCGGUGUGGGUUGAUCUCCAAAAAGGUGGCUGGACCACGUGAAAGAAAAAGGGGAAACAGUGGCACCCGGUAGCAAGAGACAAAUUAAAAUGGAAACUUCAAGGGGAAGCCUACGUCCAGGAAUGGACAAUCAAAAGCUGUUAAAAGAAGAAGAAACCCCUUUCUUUAUUUGUGAAGUUUAAGUUCAUUAAAUGUUGUUCUUUAUUUAUGAAUCCAGACUUUAUACAAUAUGCCAGAUUGGAGUGUAGUUAUUUCAAAAGUUUGGGCCGGAUAGCUCAGGCGGUAGGAUGUCUGACUUCCACGCAGCCUGAAUAAAAUGAGUACCUUGGGUAAAACCAGUGGUAAUAAUAGGCGGAUGAAGCGUAGCACUGGCCCCUUACCUUCCUUGUAUACCGUAGAUCCUACAGAUAGCAGACUACCCUUCUAUAAUGCCAAAGCCACGUUAGCUGUAAAACGGGAGACUACUAUUAUUUGUCUAGUUUGUAUGUAUUAUAUGUCUAGUUUGUCCAUAUUUCGGGCCUUCUAUGAACAAAUGUCCUUUCUUUUAUAAGGCAACGGGUCUAGAAGCAAACGUAAAGUUGGAGCAGAGUUGUUUAGAAGUUAUAAUUGUAUGUAUGUAUAUACUGAAACUACUGAAACAUGUGUUGCCAUACAACUGUUUGAUUACUAUUAAUGCUUGAUAUAUUAUAAACGAUAUCUGAGUUAUUUUUUUUUAUUGAAUAUUAAGAAGUAAUGUAACCUUUCAACGUGUUGGUCAGGUCUUGGAUUUUAUGUUCAGGCAUUGCCAAAACUCAAUCCCAUUUACACUAACACUAUAGUAUAUUAUUCAACGAGCAUGUAAUGAUGGCUAUUACUCACGAUGAUGAAGUUAGCCAUUAUAUGCAAGUAGAAUACUAUACUUUUUCUACGACCUUUUUUUAUUUGGGUUAGUAGAAAAAUGUAAUUAUCAACUACUAACAUUAUUUAAAAUCGAAAGAUUUUAUUUGUCAUAAGGAAACAUAUUUUAUAUAACUAUGGCAACACUGUUAGAAUUACCCUUCUUGAGCUUAUGAAACAAUCAAACAGUUGUCAUUAAUAGUGUCAUGGAAUAGCGGGGCUUUUAAAAAUAGGACAUACAUUUUAAGGCAAUUACAUGAAAAAGAACGGGUGCUCUCAAUAAAAAUCUAUAGUACAAUCAACAGUAAGUAAAACAGAAUUCAUUGAUAUAAAUUUCAUAUCCGUAAGUCCUUUUGCGGAAUUAAUACCGAUUGUUUAUUUACCUUUUAAUAACGUCAAUCUUAAAAUGUCAAAUGUUGAAAUUUAAACGUAAAAAAUACAUAUACUGACCCAUUGUUACAGUUAAAAAUCCUUUAACAUUUUUCGAAUUUAAUUGUUGAUAUAAAUUACAAUGAUUAUUUUAUUAAAUAAACAAGUUUGAGUAAUUUUAUUUGCUAAUAGGUUAUUAAAAGUGCCAUGCACCACUUGAAUCUGACUUCAACCCGUGAGUAAUGAACUAUUACUCACGGGUAAAGUAAUGGGUGUUAUUAUGUAUUCAAAAAUGGCGAAUAAUGAGCAUAUUAUUAAACGGUCGUAGAAAAAAACAUAAUAAUGUGUAAUUUAUAUUUAUUACUUGCCAAUAGAGAUUUACAGCACGACCAAAUUCACUUUGUAUUUGAGAUUUGGAUGCGCACUGGUGUUGACGUUCGGUAUUUCCAAAUUUUUUAAAUUUUAUUUUGGUAACGUCUUGCCAAGUAAAAUACCUACACGGUACCAAAAUAAAAUUCAGAAAAUGUGGAAAAACCGAACGUCAACAACAGUGCGCAUCCAAAUCUCAAAUGAGGCGCUCAGAGCAACAGUGGCCUAACCCACAACCCACAAUUUUACCAAAACGCUUUUAGUACAUUAAAUGUAUCCCUUAUUUAAGCAUUUUCAGAUGCAGAGUGGCAUUACAUUAAAGUUAUCCCUUAUUUAAGUAUUUUCAGAUGCAGAGUGGCUCAAGUAUUGGUUGCUUGAGCCACUCCGCAUCUGAAAAUACUUAAACAAGGGAUAACUUUAAUGUAAUAAAAGCGUUUUGCUAAAAUUGUGGAUUGUGGGUUAGGCCACUGUUGCUCUGAGCGCCUCAAAUACAAAGUGAAUUUGGUCGUGCUGUAUGUCUUAAACUGAUCCUAAAAAUUUAAAUCGUUCCUUAUAUGUAUAUAUAUUUUCUGAACCGGUCCAUGAUCCCCGUAGAAAUUUCUCGAUUCUGCUUCGAGGCCGCCAUUGAAUUAUCUAUAGUUCGCAGAUGUUCGAUAGAUAGGGUUACCAUAACUUAUUAAGGCCAAAUCCGGACAGGAGUAGUCCAAAGGGUUGUAAAAAUAUCAAAUGUGAAUUUGACUGUGUUGCUACCUCUACAUUGUACAUAUAUGCGAAAUGCAUAUGGCACAAUUAAAAGUACAGCUGUUUCGCUACAAUAUGCAAUUAACAUCGAAAAUCUUUGCCAGUUUAAAUACAUAUACACCUGUUUUAACAUACUUUAGACCUAGAAAAUAAUAUUAUUAGUCAUUACACUAACUCAACUAACUGUCAACCGAUUAUUGUCUGCUCGUGCUCGUGCGCUGUUGACAAGCAGUGCGACCAACUUAACUACAGUCGGAAAAAUGAAAGAAUACCCAUGAACGAACAUAUAAAACACGCUGUAUUUUCCUGUCACCGUGUCACAAAGAAAAUUGCCCAGCGCAAGUACAUGUAAUAAUAAUUAUUACAUGUACCUGCACUGGCCAAUUUUUUGUAUGACACAGUGACAGGAAAAUACAGCGUGUUUUAUAUGUUCGUUCAUGGGUAUUCUUUAAUUUUUCCUACUGUAGGUAAACUGCUGCGCAGAAUGAAAUUUCCCAUUUUUUUCCAUUUUCCAAGUUUUUUCCAUUUUUUUUCGCAAAGGAAAAAAUCCGCACAUUUGUCAUAUCCGGACAUGUCUUUCAAAUCCGGACUGUCCGGACGUAUGUUAACGCUAUCGAUAGGCCAAGAGCCGGUGUAACAGUAUUUUGUAUUUGAGUUUUGUGUAACAACUAAAAUUUUCGAUGCCUGUGUUGUAAUCUCUUGGGUGAAAAUAAUAACAGAUGGUCGAAUAUUGAAUGGGGUUCAGGUUUUUUCCUCCCGAUUCCUGAGCUUUUUGUUUUAAGUUCGAUAUUGCGGUUUUUUAACUAAUGAUUUAGUGUCGCUUGUGACGUCAAUGGGCUGGCCUUGUUGACGCAAGCUCUUGCUUAAUGUUUUUACAUCCUUUUCAUAUAUGUUAUUAUAUAUGUACUAUUUUACGCACUAGUUUUUAAUAGCAUUAAGCAAAUAUGUUGUUUUUUCAGUGUACACAAGAAAAACACCAGAUUUUUAAAAUAGUUCAUACACUACGGGGAAGUGUGAUAUAAUAUAUUUACUAAUUCAGAGUAAAUGAUUGAAUAGGUUUAACAUUGUAGUUACUGGUAAAGAAAAGAACUAGACCAUUUUUUAAUUUUUUUCAUUUUUCAAUUAAUCAAAAAGUACAUACUUUUAUAGAUGAAAUUAGACUUCCAUAAUGUUGUACCUUAUCUUGUAUAUUUUUUUCCUAAAAUAAAUGAUUGUGACGAUGA